AUGGAGCUAACGCCCAUCAGAAACCCUGGUAAAUAUAUUCAUCGAGAAAAUCAGGUUGUAAUGUUUCCUGGCAAGGUCAAGAAGAGUGGUCAAGAUUACAGCAGUUCAGACAGGCCUAGGGCUCCAGAUGAGAAGAUCAAACAAGUCUCCUGUAAACAUGCCCAAUCAAGACAUAAACUUUCCUCCCUAGAAAGAUUACCAACUGAAAUCGUGGAAAAGAUUUUUAAGUUGUGCUUGAACCUAAGCUUACCACGCUCAUCACCUAUAAUUGGGGUUAGAUUAGCUAACUGGAAUAUUUACAAAACUUUGAUCCUCAGUGUGUUUGAAACCACAUGGCGCAAAUCCUUACUUUCAGAAAACGACGAAGGUCCUGAACAUAGAAAUAAUGAGUGUGAGGAGCAACAGACAGACAUACUCCGGUGCAGUUGGGCAGUAAAUGCUUUAAUAGUUGUUUAUCAGCGGUGGAUAGAAGAAAAUUCCUUUAAGCCCUUAAAACCUAUUUAUUUCAAUCCCCCAGCUGAUAACCUUCGAAAGGCUCAGCCACUCGAAAACCCAUAUGAUCAAGCUUUCUUCGAUAAACAAUUUGAAAGUUUCAGAGCCAUUACGAGGUUACGUGAAAAUAUUCCCGAGUGGAAAGAUCUGUGUUGGGAUAGGAGCGAAAUUGUUAGCAGUGAAGUGGAAAUUCCUGAUAGGCUUCUAUUGGGACCAUGGUCAGAAGAAAUGCUCAAAGAACUAUUCUGUAUUAUCAGGUUUGGUGCUUCCGUUGAUAGUUGGUAUUCUGACAAGGGAGAGACAUCGUUUAUCGGAAUCAGAAACGCUGUUAAAGCUGGAAACAUUGGAGCACUUUAUCUCCUAUUGUGGGCUAUGGAUUGGAAUAGUGAAUGUAUAGAAUUCUUCGACUGUGACUUUGAUGGCCGGAAUUUAAUCACAUGGGCCAUUCGUAACGUCGGCGGUGACUACGUCGCUUUUAUGAGCCAUCUACUAAAGCUCAGUCGAGGCCUACUUUCGUCUGCGGACAAACGGAUACUAGUAAGAGAUUUUGCAAUCUUAGAAAAUGAUGCCGCAUUCAAUGAAGAUAGAAAGACUCUUGAUCGUCUCAUACGGAUGAAACGCGUUUCAAUAAGCCUACUCAAAUGA